AUGAGGUUUCUAGUCGUCUCCAGGCUGCUCUGCAUCUUGCUCCUCUGCUUCUGCAUCUUCUUCGUGGAAGCCCAGGCCAAUUUCGCCCCGCACUUCUUUGACAACGGGGUGGGCAGCACCAACGGAAACAUGGCCCUGUUCAGCCUCCCAGAGGACACCCCUGUAGGUUCUCAUGUAUAUACUCUAAAUGGGACAGACCCCGAGGGAGACCCUGUCUCCUACCACAUCAGCUUUGACCCCAGCGCUAGAAGUGUCUUUUCUGUUGACCCCAAUUUCGGAAACAUCACCUUGGUUGAAGAGCUGGACAGAGAGAGGGAGGAUGAGAUCGAGGCCAUCAUCAGCAUUUCAGACGGCGUGAAUCUGGUGGCAGAAAAAGUCACGAUCCUGGUGACGGAUGCUAAUGAUGAGGCCCCCAGUUUCAUCCAGGAGCCCUACGUUGUCCAGGUUCCUGAGGACAUACCUGCUGGGAGCAGCAUCAUUAAGGUGCAUGCGUUGGACAAGGACACAGGCUCUGGAGGGGCUGUCACCUACUUCUUGCAGAAUGUGCACACCACCAAAUUCGCCCUGGACCGCCACAGUGGCGUGCUGCGCCUCCGGGCUGGGGCCACGCUGGACUACGAGAAGGCCCGGGUGCAUUUUGUCACCGUGGUUGCCAAGGAUGGCGGAGGGAAGCUGCGAGGGGCUGACGUGGUGUUCUCCACCACCACCACGGUCACGGUCAAUGUGGAGGACGUGCAGGACAUGGCCCCUGUCUUCGUGGGCACACCCUACUACGGCUAUGUGUAUGAGGACACCCUUCCGGGCUCGGACGUACUGAUGGUGGUUGCCGUGGACGGAGAUCGAGGCAAACCCAACCAGAUUCUCUACAGCCUCUUGAAUGGGAGUAACGGAGACUUCGAAAUUAAUGAGACGUCUGGAGUCAUCUCUGUCAUGCAGAGCCCUGCCCAGCUCAGGAGAGAGGUGUAUGAGCUGCACGUACAGGUGACUGAGGUCAGCUCUGCAGGGAUCCCAGCUGCCCAGGCCAUGGUCCCAGUCACCAUCAGGAUCGUGGACCUCAACAACCAUCCGCCUACAUUCUAUGGAGAGAGUGGACCCCAGAACAGAUUUGAGCUGUCCAUGUAUGAGCACCCACCUCAGGGAGAGAUCCUGCGGGGCCUUAAGAUCACCGUCAAUGACUCAGACCAGGGAGCCAAUGCCAAAUUCAACCUGCGGCUGGUGGGACCUGGGGGCAUCUUCCGAGUGGUCCCACUGACAGUCAUGAAUGAAGCCCAAGUCACCAUCAUUGUGGAGAACUCAGCUGCCAUUGACUUUGAAAAGUUCAAAGUGCUAACCUUUAAGCUACUGGCCAUUGAAGUGAACACUCCAGAGAAGUUCAGCUCCACAGCAGAUGUUGUGAUCCAGCUCCUGGACACCAACGACAAUGUCCCCAAGUUUACCUCCCACUACUACAUUGCCAGGAUCCCUGAGAAUGCGCCAGGGGGCUCCAACGUGGUGGCUGUCACAGCUGUAGAUCCAGACACAGGUCCGUGGGGCGAAGUCAAAUACUCCAUCUAUGGGUCCGGGGCAGACCCCUUCCUGAUCCACCCAUCCACCGGGAUCAUCUACACUCAGCCCUGGGCCAGCCUGGACGCUGAGGCCACGGCCAGGUACAACUUCUACGUGAAGGCAGAGGACAUGGAGGGCAAAUACAGCCUGGCUGAGGUGUUCGUCACUCUCCUGGAUGUCAAUGACCACUACCCUCAGUUUGGAAAGAGUAUCCAGGAGAAGACAAUGGUGCUGGGGACCCCAGUGAAAAUUGAG